UGUGAAUAUGGAAUCAAAUAAUUGUGUCAUUUUCACAAGUACAUGAAUUCUGGAAAAGGUUGUCUAGUUCUAGAGUCUGUGAUCCGGAUACGGCGGAAGAUUCUUUACUAAUUCAUUUUACAUAGAAGAUGACGAUGGAUAAUUUAAUUAAAAUCUUGAACGAAGGAAACUCCUAUGGUUUAAAAAAUAAUUACAACUUUAAUUAAUGGUGGAUGAAAUGUUUCGCAAUUGGAAUCAAAGCCUUAAUUUGUCUUGCUCUAAAUGUCUAUCAUAAGUCAUGUCGAACCCUACGUUUAGGUCCUACCUUGCUAACAACUCUCCCAUGGUUGGAAUUCACUCUGGAAAAACUGUGGUAUAUUUGGAUGGCAUCAAACCCAAAUAGGGGUUUUAAUUGGAAUUGGAAAGGAGUUUCCUUUUUAGAAAAGGAAACUUUGAAUAGAUAUCCAUAUUGUAGAAAGAGAACUUAUCUUAUCUUUACCCAUUUUGAAAAAUGAAGUUUUUAUCAAUACCCAUUUUGUAAAAUACGAAAAGAUGGAACCUUUCUCUUUCUUAGUUUGCUAAAGUCCUAUGGUUCAUCAAGAAAAUAAGGCACAGCCCAACCAGAAGAAUGUGUGGAUUGAAAAGUAGAACCAAAGAUUCAAAAUUGUCUAAUUCAAAGAGAAGCACCCUGACUCUGAGAUCAUCAAACGUCAGAGAGAAAAAUCUAUUUUUUUCGUUGGUUUAAAAAAAGAAUCCCUAACGCAACCCUACCAUUCAUAACAUAGUACAGACUUGUUUUGUAUAGAUCGAGAAGAGUCAAAUUAGGACUCUCUCAUAAGUCAUAAAUUCAUAAGAACUUGCCAUUCUUAUAAAUCCUACGCUUUUCUCGGUCCAAUCUGUUAGGCACACUCCAUGCCUCUCCUCCAAAUCCGGACCUCCAAAUCUCUACAUUAACCCAAAGUUUACCACUUUCUUUAUUAUAACUUCUCUAAUGGCCACCGCCACCGCCAAGCCUCCCCGGCCAAAACUAGCCUGUUUCUCCUUCGCCGCCUAUGCUAAAACCGUCAUCGAUCAUCUCAAAUCCGUCCAAAUUCCCGUCCUCCCUGGCCUCUCUGACCCUGAAUUUACAUCCGUCGAGUCCACCUUCCGAUUCUCUUUCCCACCGGACCUCCGUUCGAUCCUCCAAGAGGGUCUCCCAAUUGGGUCUGGUUUCCCCAAUUGGCGAUCCUCCUCCAUUCAACAGCUUCACAUUUUGAUCAAUCUCCCCAAAUUCUGUCUCCUCAAGGAAAUUUCUCAAAGAAAAUUCUGGUGUCAAUCUUGGGGGACCCAACCUGAUGACGCAAACGAUGCCGUUGCUCUGGCUAAGCAAUUCUUGGACAGAGCCCCUGUUCUUGUCCCCAUUUACAAAAACUGUUACAUCCCUUCCGAGCCAAACAUGGCCGGAAACCCUGUUUUUAACCUCGACGGUGGGGAGAUUCGUGUUUCCAGCUUUGACUUGGCUGGAUUCUUUCAAACCCAUGAAUAUUCUCAACUGGGCAACGCUGGAUUGGACCGUUUGAUGAUCGAUUCGCCAGCUUGGGCAGCGACGGAGGCCCGAGAGGUGGAAUUCUGGACGGACGUGGCUUCGGGAAAGAAAGCGGCGGUAGGGCGUGAGGUAACGGAAGGGUGGUGGAACGAAGGGGAAUUUGAAAUGGGGUUGGACGGAUGCCUUGAGGACGUGUUUUGGAAGUUGCGAGAAGGCGGGUGGAGGGAAGAAGAUGUCAGAGAUAUGAUGAUGAUGGACGGCCAUGAUCGGAGGUUGGAACAGAGUGGGCCGACGAUGGAGAAACUCAGAGCAUCAGUAUGUGAGAUUUUGCUGAGUGGGGGAUGGAGCAGGGAUGAUGUGGUGUACUCUCUUGAUCUUGAAGACAAUUCCGCCAUUGUUAUUCCUGAAGAAGAAUCAACAUUUGAAAUCAAUCUUUGUCAUCAUCGGCCAAUUAGAAUCCCCCAAGUAGAACGCAAGGAAAAGCCCCGCAGCAGCACCACCAACCAUCUUAAAAUGCCUCCUUUUUUCUUUGCACCAUAUCGAAAUUUAAUCCUCUAACUGCAUUAUGCUUUAUUCUUUCUCUCGUUAGCUUAGCUUACUUUCACAGGAAUGAUCCCUUUUUUCAUUAUUCAUUUAGUAAAUUACAGUGUAAAUAAAUACAUUCUUUUUUUUCCGGGUUAAUAAAAGGAGACGAUAAAGGUCCAA